CACACACACCCGAUGUGAAUAGCCCAGAUGGAGGGGAAAGCCCGUUCGAUCAGUGGAUGUAUGACUGCUGUCUACGGAGCAACCCGGUGCUCCCCUUUGCUUUUUGUUGAACAUCGACCCAAGGUAGCCGAGGAGAAUCGGGGGUGUUGUGGAGUCCAGCUCGGCAUCUCCAGCCAGAUGUGGAGGCCCCGGGUUUAGAGUCCACACUUAAUGCGGCGGCGCUGAUGUGAAAUCGGUCCGUGGGGCUGAGUGAGGCUGACAGGGAGCAGCAAUCAUAGGAGCAGAUGAGGGAGAACAUGAGGCUUCUCUUCAGGAUGUCGGUACAACAAACUAACUGGCUUGUGACGACGAUGCCCAGUCGAAGAUUCUGGGAUUGAUCCGUGACUCCCUUUACGCUGAUGGCCUGGGCUGAGUUUCAGCUGGCCUGCUGACGCUAUGGGGAGCUGUUGGAGCUGUCUGUACAGAGACCCCAUUCGAGACAACCACCUCACCAAAUUUAAGGUCACGAACGUGGACGAUGAGGGCAACGAGCUGGGCUCCGGCGUCAUGGAGCUCACCCAGACCGAGCUCAUUCUGCACACGCGGAAGAGGGACGCCAUCCGAUGGCCGUAUCUCUGCCUGCGCCGCUACGGCUACGACUCCAACCUGUUCUCCUUUGAGAGCGGCCGGCGCUGUCAGACGGGGCAGGGAAUCUUUGCGUUCAAGUGUUCCCGGGCAGAAGAGAUCUUCAAUCUGCUUCAGGAGCUGAUGCAAUGCAACAGCAUCAACGUGGUGGAAGAAUCCAUGAUGAUGAGUCGCAGCGGUCACACCCCAGAGAUGGAAAUGUCUCGCACACCACAGACUCCCAACACUCCAGCGUUCCCAGUUCAGGCUUUUCCCAACGGAUACCCCGGUUACCCAAUCAGAGGAGAUUCCUCCCAGCCCUCUCUGGCUGACGAUCAUGGACACGGCCUCAUGGGUUUGGAGGACCAGACCCACACCUAUGUAAACACUGUUAGUAUGGAGGGGGACCUCUCUAUGCGUCACUGCGUGCACUCCCUGCCCGAGGUGCGGCCCGGCUCUUUCCCUGAAGCAACACGAGGGGCCAUGCCUGUCGGCGGUGCAGGAAAUCCCCCGUCCAACCUGCGGUGCUGUCCCCUGGAGGAGCGCAGCGAUCCUCAGGUGUUCUUGCAGCCGUCCUCGCAGGAGGUCAAAUUCAUGCUCGGCCCCACUCCGGCACAGCGCCAUCUGCUGGAGAGAGAGAGGGACAGAGAGCGGGAGCGGCAUGGGCGAAAUCCUCACAGCCUUCAGCCAGCAGACGGUGCAACAGGCUCAGAGACGGAGGGCGACGAGCAGCCUCCGAUGCACCUCUGCAGCUCCCACUCCUACCACCACUUCCAUCACCACGCGCACCGCCACCCGGGCCUCGAGCACUCGGACAGCUGCCAGAGCGGCGAGCUCACCUACGAGAACAUCAACGGGCUGAGGAGCGGCCGCAAGCAGCGGCUGAGCCCGAGCAGCGUGUCGCAGUCUCUGGGCUCGAGCAGCAGCAGCAGCACCGGGGACAGUCACACGCACUCCAUGCUGCACCCGCACGCCCUCGGCCCGUCGCCUCUCCCCCCGCAGGGUUACCCCUGCGAGAGGGUCAUGGGCGGGGGUCACCGUCGGACAGCUCUGCUCAACUACGAGAACCUGCCCUCCCUCCCGCCGGUGUGGGAGUACAGCGCCCUGCAGCGGGACGACGAGCAGGAGGAGGAAGACGACGAGCAGGAUGAGGAGGACUACGAGGAGGAGGAGGAGGACUUUGAUGAGUACGAGUUCUCGGAGGGACCCGGGACACCCAAUGGGUACCACCAGGACGGUCGGGGCAUCCACAGAGAUGCCCUGCAGAACUACGUCAACACAGAGCAGGUGCAGCCGCCGCGGCUCCGACACGCCUGCCCCCCGCAUCCUCGGCCCUGUCAAGCGGACAGAGGCGGGGGGGUGUUUAGCUUUGAUUUCCGCGGACGAUCGAGGUCGGGGGUCGGAGGCUGCGAGCACGGCCACAUGCCUCCAUCCCGGCAGCUGAAUUACAUCCAGGUGGACCUGGAGGGAGAGCCUCCCUGCCAAGGCCUCAACAGCGGGGGCGCCCAGACGCAGCCACAGCACCAGCGCCCACCACCCAAAACAUGUGGCCCGCAGGCACCCCGGCGCAGUGAAUGCUACGCGGUCAUUGACCUGAAGAAGACCGCCGCCAUGUCCAACCUGCAGAAAGCGCUGCCCAGAGACGAUGGGACUUCCAGAAAGACUCGCCACAACAGCACGGACCUGCCUCUGUAGACGGUGUUCGGAGUGAGGAGGAUCGACCAAGACAGACGAAGGCUUCUCCUCAUCCUAGCACACUGGACCCUUCACUGUCAUCCAUCCAAUCAACUGUCGGGCUGACUAAUACAGUACAGGUACCUAAUUAGAACCUUCUGUGCGUAUAAAAAGGAAAUGAGAAAUCUCUGAGGAGAAUUUGCCAUUUUAUUCUGUGUUAUUUAUUAGAUAUGUGUUUGCAGUGUUUACUGCAAAUAUGUUUGCUGGAUAUAUGGAUAUUUACAUAUAUACAUAAGCAAAAAAUGAUGUGUAUAUAUGAUUUUAUGCUUUGCUAUGACUUGGAGCAGAGACCUGUGGAAGCUGUCAUUGCCAUAAUGUAUCAGCAAAUUUUAAUUCAUAAACCCAUCUCCACUCACACAUUGAUCCUAUAAUUUAGUUCCUCUACAUCAAUGGGGCUUUUUGCUUAAAUGCUCUGAGAGUCAAACACGUGACCCUCACUACAGGAGUAGUAGAGUAAAUGUUGAGAUGACGAAAGGUCAAUGGUUCCUCCAAUAUUCAUACCUCAUCACAAGCAUUUUGAUCCCGAUCUUGCGGCUAGUUAUUUGUUACUAGAUGCCUACAGAGCAUUUUGCACACAAUCCUGUGGAAUUGUAUUUCAUCAUAUCUUAGGGAAUGGUUUAAUCCUUUUCCAGGAAUGAAAUGAACAGAAGGGGAUGGUGAUAUCAGCAGAAGUAUACUCAAAUGAACGAUGGUCAAAGUAGCACACAUGGAUUAAACGGGCUUUGCUCACUCCUCCACAUGCAGCAAAUGAAAAAAGUAGCAUAUCAUCUUCGAUCACACCUCCUGCACGUCACCCCAGACCUGCAGGAGGUCCACGCAGUUUACGCUUGUCACGUUGCACUUUUGACCGUGGGCCACUGAAACGCUUUUUGUCUCUACUCCCCCCCCCCCCCCCCCUGCUGGAGCCACAGGUCGCACCGCGUCCUUUCCACCAAAAGCAGGGGGCCAAAUAUUUCACGGACACUCGCAGAUAUGAUUUAGUUACAUGUUUUGAUGGAGAAGACAUCAACCUCAAAUAGUGGCAUUAAGCUAUAACCUCACAUAAGAAGUGCUGAAUCUGUCAUUUUUCGGUUAUCAGGUGUGAAUGGUCUGUUUUUAAAGGGUAAUCAAGUCAUGAAGUGGCAAUUCUUUUGAGGCUAUUUAUCAAUCGUAGUCAGAUGUUUAUCUAUUUAUUUAUUUAUGAAUUAUUUCAUUUUGUAAUUGUAAUUAUUUUGUUUUCCAUUUGAUGACCAGCUUUUUGUAAUCCAGAAAUGUGGAGACCAAAGUUUCACCUCAAACUAUCGCUGGUGUAUUACUGUUAUAAUUGUGCUUAAUUAUAUUUUGAAAAGGGAAAGAAAAAAAAAAAAGACUAUUUAUAUUUGAAGUGCCAAAACUUAUUUGCAAACUGUAUGAUGAAUAAAAUCAACCGUGCCAUUAGGUUUUAUAGAAACCAAUAGGACAGAUCACAGGCAUGAGGUGAUAACGUUUAGGACAACAACUUUUUAGAAAAGUCCAACUUUUUAAGGAUAGAUUAAUAGCACAUUCCACCUCAUCCAUAUUCACAGGCGUUUGGGAGCGAGAUGUAAGAACGAUAACCUUGUGGUCUGAUAAUCACAGCCAGGGUGGUUUUAUGCUGCUACAUGUACAUAUUAACAGGUACCGGUUGUCAGGACAACAACAUACAUAUUUGAACCUAUGCGAUGUCAGAUCUUACUCCAUAUGUUUAAUUGCUAAUAGAAGUAGCGUAGUUUUACUUCUGAGCAGUAGAAAUAUUUAAUGUACCAUUUCAGAGGAUGUGUGGUUUGAUGGGAGAAGAAGCACGGAGCCACCGAUGCUUUCAUCUUUUCAUCGUUGAGUGCUCACAUCAAGGUGAUAUUUUCAUCUGAAGGAGGCUGGUCACAUGUUUGAGAGUUAUAGAUGGCAGUACUAUUUAGCUUUCAAUCAAUAAGGGAGGCAAUUAUUAAAAUUCUUAAAUUCUAAUUUUUGGGCUUCUGCUGGACACAUAAUAAACAUUUAUUAGUGAAUCCAGCGAUCUUUUGCCAGGUUAAUUGGUGCAUCUCUUCAAAUUGCUUGUUUUGUCUCACCAAAAAUCCAAAACCAUGAAGUAUUCCAACCACAGAUAUUUGAAACUAAAUAUUUUAGUGCUACUGGUAAAACGGUAAAAAUAAUGUGAGCGUUUUUGUUUCUGGUGAACAUUCCCAACACAGAAGCUUUACAUAACCUCGAAAUCAAAAGUUUAUGGUUUGUGUAUUUGCUUGAUUGUCAUACUUUAAAUAUGCCGUUAACAAAAAAGAUAAACAGGCCAACUUUUAGAGGAGAUUUCUGACUGUAUUUGCAGAGAUAUUGUCAUGAUACAUUGAAAUGAUGUUUACAUUUUUGCAAUAAUAGGUAAAUUAUUUUUUGUCGAUCUAAUUCAGACCAAUGUACGAAGUGUGAAAGUGAAAUAGUCUAUAGAGCUGUGGGCUUAGUGUAUUUAAUCGCCUGUUCUUCUGUAAAUCAGCAGUCUUAUUUUUUUAUUUCAGGUACAAUGUUUACUUUUCAACCUUCAUAGUACAAUAUCAGCUGUGACCGUAAACAAAGACGUGUGUUUUCUUGAUUGUCAAACACUGUUUUCUUGAACUUACAGUAACACUCAGUAGGUGGCCAUUGCCAGUAUUUAAAUUACAUUUCCUUGUAUUAAUCUUUUCAAAAAAAAAAAAGUGGCAACGUUUCACACAGGAAUCAGAAAGUGUUUCUUAAUUUCUCAUAACAUGGUUACAUGUGAUCCAUUUUUUAAAUGUGCAAAGUACCUUUGUCACAACGCAGUAACCUCGCCACCACCACCCGAGCCAGUUAACCGUGGUUACGACAUCAUUAGCACAUACGCCUGUGUUCACUGAUUCUGAGACUCCAAAAUCAAAUAGAUGGUUAAUGAUUGCUUUUCCAAAAAGCGCUCAUGUGCUCCUGAGAAGUGCAGCUCCCAACCCCAUAACUCACUGGUUUAUUAUUGGUUUCGGGUUGUCUCGUUUUCAUCACCUGCCGUGUUUACGCUCAGAGCGUUUUUCACACAGGUGCCAGUGGAACCGGCGCCGCUCACAGCUGUAAUUAGUUCUGCGGGGCAAAGGAAACGUGGAGGUAACACCUCGUAGCGUCGAGAUCCCAGAACUGAAUUUAUUGAAUGAGUUGUUUUAACACAAGGGCUUGCUCUGUGAUUCAUGUACAAACAUGAACGCCAUUUAGUCCAUUAAAAAAAAAGGAGAAAAACAUUCUCACCGUGCCUUUCAUUUUCAAGGUUGAGUAAUAUUUCCUUUGCUGUCAAGGAGCGACGCCUGUUGUCAACAUAAUAAACAAGUAAAGGUACCGCCAGGUCGAAAGGGGCUUUAGUCAAAGUGGUUUUAAACUUCAACAAAAGGGGCCAACUCUUAACAGUUUAAACCAUACUUUUUUAUUUUAUUAUGUUUGUUUAAAGAGAGUUUUUGAACGUCUAGAAAAAUGCAUCAGGGGCAACUGACUAGUCUUAAAAUAUGUCCACCAGCUACCAUGUCUCCUUUAUUUAUUCUUAAAAUGUAAAAAAUAAUAAAUUGUGAUUUUAUUUUUUUAUCAAGAGGACAACAGCAAAAUGAAGCUCCAGGAAGUCACUGGCUCUUCUCAUUUAAUUGAUAUUAAGUGAUAUCAACCGUCUCAUUGA